GGUGGGAGUGUCACACAGACCCAGAAAUGAAAGAGGAAGCGCUGCUGAGCUAAUCUUCACGCAUUAGUCUCUCUCUCUCCACCCGAAGCGCGUCUUCAUGAUGGCGAGACUCAGUGAACACGGCAUCCGUCUGAGCUCUAUGAGCCCGACGUAUCUGGAGAGCAACUCCACCAGUCACACAUGGCCAUUCAGCGCUGUCGCCGAGCUCAUAGAUAAUGCAUCUGACCCCGGCGUCACUGCCAAAAACAUCUGGAUUGAUGUUCUGACAGUCGGAGAACAGCUGUGUCUCAGUUUUAUGGACAACGGGAGCGGAAUGACACCUAACAGACUUCACAAAAUGCUCAGUUUUGGAUUCACGGAGAAGGGUUCUGCCAAAGGGAGUCACAAGCCCAUUGGGGUUUACGGUAACGGGUUUAAGUCGGGUUCCAUGCGUUUGGGACGGGACGCUCUGAUCUUCACCAAGAACGGAGGCUGUCAGAGCGUCGGAAUGCUUUCGCAAAGCUUCCUGCAGGCCAUCAACGCUCAAGCUGUCAUCGUACCCAUCGCACCCUUCAACCAACAGACCAAGACGCUGGUGGUGACAGAGGAUUCAGAGGCCAGUCUCAGAGCCAUCCUGAAAUAUUCUCUCUUCCCCACCGUGUCCGAGUUGGAGGAACAGAUGGACUCCAUACAGGGCAAGAAAGGCACUAAGAUCAUCAUCUGGAACAUUCGCAGAAAUAAAGAUGAAAAGCCGGAGUUUGACUUCGACACGGAUGCAGAGGACAUACGUCUGCCGGAAAUCUAUUCAGAGGAGGCGAAGGAGAAAUUGAGGAGAGAUUAUUACAGACACCGCAGAGAGAGUCACAGCACACCGGAGAUGGAGUUUUCUCUCCGAGCAUAUCUCAGUAUUCUUUACCUGAAGCCCAGGAUUCAGAUCAUCUUGCGACAGAAGAAAGUUCAAACUAAGCUGGUGGCCAAGAGUCUGUCUAUGAUCGAGAACGACGUAUAUAAACCUCAUUUCAUUAACGAGAGAGUGAAAAUAACGUUUGGAUUCAACGGGAAAAAUAAGGAGCACUACGGCAUUAUGAUGUACCAUCAAAACAGACUCAUAAAAGCCUAUGAGAAAGUCGGUUGCCAGAUCAAGUCAUCAGGUCAAAGGUCAGGGGGCGGUGUCAUCGGAGUGAUCGAGUGUAACUUCCUCAAGCCAGCUCAUAACAAGCAGGAUUUCGAGUACACUAAAGAAUACAGACUUACUCUGGCAGCUCUCGGGCUCAAACUGAACGACUACUGGCGUGAAAAGAAGGAAAAGAAAGCAAAAGAGAGAGAGUUUCUGGCCCUGGAGAAGAAAAAUGAAGACGAGGAUGCAGAGGAAUCUGAGGAAGAUGGAGAGGACGAUGGGAGAGGAGAUGAGGAAGGAGAUGAGGAAGGAGAUGAGGAAGAGGAAGUUGAUGUGACGUGGAUUCAGUGUGAGGAGUGUUUGAAAUGGAGAGGAGUUGCCACUCAUCUGUUCUCUGGAAAUAUUCCUGAUCCCUUCAGCUGCAUCAUGCAUCCAAUAUCACGUCUGAGGAGUUGUUUGUUGCCAGAAGACACAGAGGAGAACGUCACAACGCCAAGCUACCAAAAAACCUUCAAGAAACAGGAACAGGCAUCUUCGAGGAGGAGAGGAAGAUCUUUGGAGUUGAAGAAAAGCUCAGCGCGUCCUCUUUGUCGAGUGCUAUCUGAACCUACAUCAGAGACCAAACAGGAUGAGGUCACGGUUUCCAUGGAGACGCAGGUUACAGAUGAUGAUGGAGUCGCUGCCCCGGAAGAGGAGGAAUCGUCGCCAUCACCAAGAAAACGAAGGAAAGAAGCAUCUUCACACGAUGAAUUGUGGAAAUUAUCUUCAUACCUGGACGAAAUCGCUGACAUGCCUACUCGGCAUUAUCUAUUUACCGCAACAACAGAAAAAGCACAUCAAAUUCACAAAGCACCAGAAACAACAUAUGAAAUUCAGAAAGCAACAGAACAGGAAUCAACAGAUAAAGUUUAUGAAACAUCAAAAGCAGAAACAACAGAUGCAAUUCAGAAACCAUCAGAAACGGAAACCACUGAUAAUAUGAAUGAAGACUCGGACAAAGAAACAACAGAUAAAUCUCACAAUGAGUCCGAAACAAACACCCCACCAGCACCCGGCGUGAAGCCAGUGUCCCAUGAGGAACUCUUGCAUCCGGAAUCAGCUGCGCUCGAGAGUCCCGCAGAGAUGCAGACAUCUCACGGGCCCCCGCAGCCCAGAAACCUCCAUCACCCUCUGUCCCCUCACGCCUCCGUGGCUCAGACGGUUGUGGUCACGCCUCUGAGCCGCUCUGGGUUUCAGCCCGUUUCACCGUUGCCGGUGGACGGAUCGGACCGCGCCGCCCUCAGUCAUAGACUCGCUCAGCUGGAGCGCGAGGCCAAGCGGCUUAAACGAAUCCUGGGUAUCAGGGAGACGGUGAUGGAGGUGGCCAUGGUAACCGAUGGGGAAUCAUCAGACCUCACCAUGGCCGAGGAGCGGGCCACAUGUGCAGAGUCAGGGUCACAUGAACAGAGUGUGGAAAGACUGACGUCUGGCUCAAACCUGGACUGUCAGAGGCCGGAUGAACAGCUGAACGGUCUGGAGAAUGGGCCGGAAAACAUCUCUAAAGAUGAGCUUUACUGGAGUAAAACAUGUGCUAAACUCCAGACUGAGAAUCAGACUUUAUUUACCGAUCUGGACAAGAUGAGAACCGAAAGAGACCAACUGCUCAACCAAAUGAGACAAACAGAGAUAAACGAGAGGAGAGACCAGAGCACAAACACACCCAACCACACAUACAACAGCACCGUCACGGUGGACAGACUGCGAUCCAUCCGUCAUAAUGUGGUGGCAUUGCUGUCCUCCAUUCUGCCAAACCUAGAUAUGCAGGGCAUAAGCUUCGACACAGUUGAUGUAGACAAUAUCCUACAGCAGAUCAUUCAGGCCAACAACCUCUGAUCCUGGACCAGCGAUAACAGAAGUGACCUCAACAACAGGGGCUGGCGAUUACCAAAACUGAUGGUCUCAUGCGCCUUCGGUUAGAAAAAAGAAAAUUAUUUCAUCGUUUAUUCACCCUGAUGUCAUGUUUCUUUCUUCGGAAGAACACAAAAGAAGAUAUUUUGAAGAAUGUCGAUAACCAAACAACUCUGAACUGCACUGACUUUCAUUGCGUCAACACAAAACCAGCGAGACAUUUCUCAAAAUAUCUUCGUUUGAGUUUUAGGAUGAAAGAAUCAUAAACAGGUUUCGAAUGAUGUGAGGGGGAACAAAUUAUGACAGAUUUUUUUGUUUCGGCCGAACUGUCGUUUUAAGACACAGGUUUCAAGAAAACAAAUGCACAACGCAGUCACUGCUCCCAAACACACAGCAUUAAUGUCAAACAAUAAAUUUCAUCUUAUUAGAAAGAUUCAAACUACUUUUCACACACAAACACAGCUGAUCUUUCUUUAAACGAACGAAACCGUCAAAGCAACAAAUAUUUGCAUGUGCGAGUCUGAAGCACCUGUGACCUUCAGGAGAAUAUCACAUGCUUUCACCCUUAACCAUGUUUUCUUUAUUUUGUCCGGUAGGUUACCAUUUGUAUUACCAUAGUUUUACUAUAAAUGCCAUGGUUAGAGUAUGGCUAUUGUGGUGAAAACAUCGUAAAUCUUUGCUUUUUAUGGUUUUACCACAAAUAGAACAACAAACAUGGUUCAUUUCAUAAGGAAAUCUACAUUUUUUUGAAUCAAAGCAAUGACAAACACACACAGCCUUUCUCUCUCAUGCUUGAGGACAAACAACAUUCAAUUCAUGUCACAACUGGUCGAGAACACGGACGCGCGCUCGCACACUUUUUUGCAAAUUCCUAUGCUGCUUUACUUCAUAGAUAUAUUUAAACCUGCUUUUCUAUAAACCGUUCUGAGCUUACAAUUUAAGCAUCAUUUUUCUUGUAUUACUGUAUUUUAAUAAAUGUUUUUACUUA